UUGAGGUUAAGGUUAUGGUUAAGGUAAGCAAAUUUUGGAAUAGAUUUAAAUAUAUGGGAAUUUUUUUCAGUUAAGGCCUAAGGGGUUAAGUUAACCAUAGAUAUGAACCCUAAACUGGAUCGGCUGCUUACAUUUAAAAUGUACAGGAAAAAGUGAAGCAAAAAAAUCAGCCAAUCGCAAAUCGUGUAUUUCUCCGGAGGUGAAUGCAAAUAUAUCUACGGAGGGCGUGGCUUAUCUCCGGAGGUGAAUAGAAUUUUUGCUUCACGAGCUUCCGAUCCAGUUUAGGGUUCAUAUCUAUGAAGUUAACGUUACUUACAUGAUUUUUUACCAUUUUUUCCAGUUACUUCCCCAAUUAAGGUUAAGGUUAAAAAACCGGUCAACAUCCCUGCUAACCAGUAAAGUAAUCAUUUUUUAACAGAAAAAAAAUUAGUUAUUUUUUAUUUUUAGUGAUUAGUAUCCUCAAUCCUGUUUUAGAUUUGGAGCAAUUUAGUGAUUUUUCGCGAUUUCCAUUUGGCAGCCCUGAUUCCAUCGCGUGAUGAUUUUUAUCAGUAAACACUGUAAACAGGCCGCCGCCAAAACUGCGUAAUUUUUGUUUCAAUUACAAUGUUGACUAAUGACUUAAUGAGUAAAGAAAUACUAUUUCAGUAAUUAUUUUCGGUGAAAUUGUGUGACAGGUCCUGCUUUCAUGUCAAAAUCGUCCAAAAGUACGAAUUCUUUCUAAAGGUUAUUCCAGAAUAAUUCAAAAUGAGUACAAGCAACUCAUCCGAACCGAUGCAGGAAGAUUUACUUCAGGAAGACAGUUUCUUCUCUCACAUUCCGCUACCAAGCUUACAGCAGUUGGCAUCCGUUCAAGUAGUUCUGCCAAUGCUGUGUGAGCACUUUUCACGAAAGAAGUACAUUUUCUCUCCUGAUUAUAGUACUUUGAAGUUUGAUUUGUGUAGAGUGGUGGAAUCUUUGAAAACAUCUCAAACUAUUGAAAAAAUACUUACGAAAGCGGCGGAUAAGAUUGCUAAAGCAUUGGAUAUAUGGAUGAAACAUUUUGAAUCUCGUGACUUUACAUCUGCCACUUUGGAAUAUUGCGAUAUCUCUAUUAACCCGAACUGGUGCGUUUGGCUUCCCAGCGGCGAGAUCGAUUAUAAACAGACUGCUGACGAGAUGUUAUCUUCUUGCGAACUGGAUGAAACGCAAAAAUUCGCUAUCAUGUGUGCAUAUUGCUUAGAAGACAAAAUCAAAGCGUUCGAUUUAAGUUCGCUUCCUGAGUAUUCUAUCAAAAAAAUGAACCUGAAACGUGACUUUUUAAUCGCUUAUUGGAUCUUUUCGUUGAAAAAUAAAUUGCACGACCUCUUCGCUGGCAUUUCCGGUUCCUUUGAUGCAGCGAUGGCCAAUCAGUGCGAUGGUGAGCACGCGUUCAAGUAUUUUUGGAAUCGUUUGGGUAAUGCAGAUCGAAUUUCAGUUGCUAAACACCAAAUCAGUCGUUUCGGUACUCCUGAUGGUCACACAUAUUUUUGCCAAGAUCAAUUAUUUUCCAUGAUGACGUCCGCUGAGCAACUUCAUCUGUUGUGGAUGGUACCCGAUGAGAUUAUAAUAAAUUUUUGGCUCUUGGUGAAAUCACCUUCGCUUGUACGUUGGGCGUGGAAAUAUUCGAAAAAUGCGAUGACUGCUAAACGAUUUGCCAGAGUAGUGCAAAAAAUAUUCAAAGCUAGAAUCGGGUUCGAUAAAGAUAUGCAGUUGCUCAUAGACGUAUGGGAUACAGCUCCCAUCCAGUUCAAGACGUAUGCAGCUAAGCUCCUAGUAAAUGAGAUUUUUUCACCAUCUCAGUUUGGCAGUUGCAUGUCAAUACCUGAGUAUUCGGAUUUCGAGGAAGAUGGUCUUACUUUUAACGAAGCAGCGUCAAAGUAUGCGAAGAAAGAAUACGCUCUGAAGUUUUUGCAAAAGUUUUUAUCGCUAGUAAACGCGGAUACUCGAAGACAGUUGAUGCUGAAGAAUGCGAUCGCAUUCGGCAUGAAAAUUCACGAUCCUCGUUUGAUGACUGAUGUAAUCUGCUUAUGUUUGCCAAGCUCGGAAGAUCAAUUGCUGUAUAAAAAAAAAAUUAUGGAUUCGCCCACAAUGAGCGAACAUUGGGCAAAAGACCUUCAUCGCAGAAAUGGUAUAGAAGAUUUCAAGUCCCAAUUGGAAGUUUAUUCAACCGACGUAAAAGCUGCUCAAGAAGUCACGAAGCGAGUACUGCAGUCGAAAUCUCUAAAUAGAAGUUAUUUGUUUUCCAAUGCCGAUGAUUGUAGUAAAAUGAGUAAAUUUAUCGAUGAGACUUUCCACGACGAUCCGAAGUCGGCUUCGAAUUUGAAGAAACAACUGAUUUCCUCCCCUUUCACUAGUUGCAAGGAUUAUUUUGAUUGGAACCAAAAGGACGAGAAGAUCGAUGCGAUGAUGAAAAUUGCCGAACAGGUUUUUACUCCUAAAGAGCUUGCAGUGGAAAAGCGACGUAUUGCUCAAGCUCGCAAAACGAAAUUACAAAAACGCGAAUUUUGUUGGGAAUGGUUCGAGAUAAAUUAUUUCAGUAAAUUGAUGACGUGGUGUUUCGGUGACGGAGAAGCCUUACUGAAAUUUAAGAAAAGUUUUUCUAUCGAUAAAAUCUUCCAUCAUGUAAUUGACGAAGUGAACCUGUUCUAUUGCGAAGAAUCCGAGUUUGAAGACCAUUUGUUGCAUCGACUUGAUGAUUUUUUUAAUUGGAUUUUCCCCAGUGCCGAAGAAAAGACUAAAUAUAAAUUGAAUAGAUUGGAGACGGUGGAUUUGAAUGAAUUCGCUAUGUUUUCAAGUCUUGUAGAUGAUGACGAAUUCGAGUAUUUGCCAGAGUUGGUAGGUUGGUUUUACGAUGUGAAACCAGUCCCAUCUGAGGUGAUUGAUGAAUUCAAGGCGAAAAUCAAAGAAAGAUGUUAAGAGGAGCAGAAAUUUUUCAUCUAGUACUUGCUUCGCGUACUUAUUAUCUCGAUGACUUAAACAUAUCUAUGUAAGUGUAACCUGUGAAACGAAGUACUUUUUUAUUACCUAUAUGUUUUUUUCAUUUAUCUGUUUUAUGUUUUUAUAUCGUAUAGAUUAAGAUGACUUAACGAAGUGUCAAUUAAGUACCUAGGUAUACCAAAUGUAUCGUAUUCAAUUUUGUAUUUUUAUAUUCGUAAUAAAAGUUUCAAUUCAUUAUA